CUUUUUAACGCCCGGUUACAAAUGGUGUCUUUGUGCUCAUUUUGGAGAUUGGCAGACAGGGCAGCUGCGGAGCCUGACAGGUAAAUGAGAUCAAACAGGGGGGAGAAGCAGAGUCCGGUUACCUGAGAGCGUGGGCAGGUAGCUGGGGGCUGCCUGGAGGGGAGAGGAACAGGGGGGCACACCUGUGCUCAGGAGCCGUUACCUGAGCCAGAAACAGGAAAUGAUCCCUUAGACAGGAAGUAAUCCCUCGGAGAUAAAACUGCAGGUUGUAGGAGGAGCAGGUUGUGUGCUGAGAGAGAGAUAGAGAGAGAGAGAGAGAGAGAGAGAGACGGGUGGAGGUAGAGGUACAGAAGGACAGCGGGACGCAGAGAGAGAAAGAUAGAGAUGCAGAGAGAGAGAGGGAAUUAAAGUUAGAGCGCAGUAGGGAGGUGUGGAGAAAUGGAGACGAGAUGGAGGGAUGAGGGGUGCUUACAGCCCAUGGCUGGUGGCUGGGGGCAUGUACGGAUUCCUCUGGAGGAGGUGAAGAGCUAUUACAGAUUCUCCCAGCAGUGCCACUGUCUACAGAAUGAGAUCAUGCAGAAGGACAGCAGCCCGCUCAGCGCUGCAGACAUCGAGCCCGACCUCAGGAAGCGGUUUGCCUUCCUGUCAGGCGGCCGAGGGGAGAAUGGCAGCCCUAUCAUCAUUUUCCCAGAGUUCCCAGGGUUCAAUGAGCUCCAGGAGCAGGAAUUCCACGACGUGCUGACGUACCUGACCAGCGUCCCCAGCCUGGCGGUGGCGGACGUGGGCUUCGUCCUGGUCAUCGACCGACGGGAGGACAAAUGGACGUCCGUGAGGGGAACCCUGCUGCGCAUCGCGGGCUCAUUCCCAGGAAACCUGCAGCUGGUUCUGGUGCUGCGUCCCACUGCCCUGCUCCAGCGCGCGCUGUCGGACCUCUACUUCAGGUUCAACAGAGAUGAGUUCAAAAUGAAGGUGCCGGUGAUUAUGCUCAGUUCGGUGACUGAGCUCCACGCCUACAUCGACCCCACCCAACUGACCGUGGAGCUCGGGGGGACCCAGGAGUACUGCCACGAGAAGUGGAUCUCGCACCGCACCGCCAUCGAGGGCUUUGCUCUGAUGGUGAAGAAGACGGCGCAGGUCCUGCAGUCCUUCGGGGCGGAGCUGGCCGAGACGGAGCUUCCGAACGACGUCCAGGCCACCACCAGCCUCCUGGAGGCUCACACCGAGAAGAAGGACCUGAUGAAGGACGACUUAAGGAUAGCCCUGAACCAAGGAGACCGUCUUCUGGAGAGCAUCAAUGAGCCGCUGGAGAAGGAUCCGGAAUACUCCAUGAACCAGGACGAGCUGGAGAACCUGGCCACUGUGCAGAGGCUGCUGUCCCAGCUGGGUGAGACGGAGAGCGCGUUCGAUGAGUUCUGGGAUCGGCACCACACCAAGCUGGAGCAGUGCCUGCAGCUGCGCCACUUUGAGCAUAACUACCGGGAGGUCAGGGCCCAGCAGGAUCUGUGGGCGGAGCGUCUGUCAAUCUUCUCGGAGGUGGGGAUUAGCCCCGCCCACGUGGAGCACCUGCUGAGAGACCUGAGUGGCCAGGAGGAGAGAAUCUGUGAUGUCCUGGACCGGGCGCGGGCGCUAGCGGCUGAGGGGGCCUCGCUGAUCCAGAGCUCGCACUACGCCCAGGACUCCAUCCAGCCCAAAUGCAGCGAGCUGCGCUCCGUCAGCGAGGGGCUGACCGCCUGCCUGCAGGCCAGGAAGGCCCACCUGCUCAGAGCCAUGGAGCUGCACCAAAGCCUGGAGCAGACUGCCAAGUGGUGCGAAGACGGCAUCUACCUGCUGGCGUCGCAGCCGGUGGACAAGUGCCAGACCCAGGACGGGGCGGAGUCGGCCCUGCAGGAGAUCGAGCGUUACCUGGAGACGAGAGGCCAGCUCAGCCAGCUCUCGGACAUGGACAGCAUCUUCCGGGACUACACGUCCGUGCUCAACGACGAGUUCAGGGAUCACGUGGAGAAAGUGUUCCGGAAGCACACCUCCAUGCAGGAGAUGUUUGAGAAGAGGCGGGUCAGCCUGAAGAAGCUGGCCGCCAAGCAGUCCCGCCCCGUGCAGCCCGUCGCCCCCCGGCCCGAGGCCUUCGUCAAGUCCCCUCUGUCAUCUCCAGGGCACCGGGGAAUAGAGAAGACCUGCGGUGGAGGCGAGGCGGAGACUGGCGUGAGCUGCAGAAAACUGCAGGACAGCGGCAGCCGGCAGGGAUCGCUCUCCGAGGAGGAGGAGAACCUGGCCAUCCUGAGACGGCAUGUGAUGAAUGAGCUGCUGGAGACAGAGAGAGCGUAUGUGGAGGAGCUGCUCUGUGUGCUUCAGGGGUACGCUGCUGAGAUGGACAACCCGGCCAUGAUGCACCUCAUCCCGAGCGUGCUGCAGAACAAGAAGGACAUCCUGUUUGGAAACAUGGCUGAGAUUUACCAGUUCCACAAGAGGACCUUUCUCAGAGAGCUGGAGGCGUUCACAGACUGCCCUGAGCUGGUUGGCCGGUGCUUCCUGCAGCGGAUGAAUGAUCUGCAGAUCUAUGAGAAGUACUGUCAGAACAAACCGCGCUCCGAGAGCUUGUGGAGACAGUGCUCUGACUGUGCCUUCUUCCAGGAGUGCCAGAGAAAGCUGGAGCAUAAACUGGGCUUGGACUCGUAUCUUCUCAAACCUGUGCAGAGGAUAACCAAGUACCAGCUCUUACUGAAGGAGCUGCUGAAGUACAGUAAGGCCUGUGAUGGUGCGGCGGACCUGCAGGAGGCGCUGUCCUCCAUCCUGGGCAUUCUGAAGGCGGUUAACGACUCCAUGCACCUGAUCGCCAUCACCGGUUAUGAGGCUAACCUUGGCGACCUGGGCAGGCUGCUCAUGCAGGGCUCCUUCAGCGUGUGGACGGAGCACAAGAAGGGCCAUGCGAAGGUGAAGGACCUGGCGCGGUUCAAGCCCAUGCAGCGCCACCUCUUCCUGCACCAGAAGGCCCUGCUGUUCUGCAAGCGCCGGGAGGAGAACGGGGAGGGGUACGAGAAAGCCCCCUCCUACAGCUUCAAACACUCGCUCAGCAUGAGUGCCGUGGGGAUCACGGAGAACGCAAAGGGCGACAACAAGAAGUUUGAGAUUUGGUGCAAUUCCAGAGAGGAAGUGUAUAUAGUGCAGGCCCCCACACCUGAAAUAAAAACUGCCUGGGUGAAGGAGAUCCGGAAGGUUCUGACAGAGCAGUUGCAGGCUUUCAGGGAAGCCAGCCAGCAGAGGGCGACGGAUCAGGUAUUCCAGUUCCCUUCGGGCAACUCCCCACCUACCGGGCUCAGUCCCUUCAGAAGUGGGCAGAAGAGCAACAAGAAGGGCGAAGAGAAGAGGACAGAGCCCGGCAGCCCGGAGCCCGUCACCAGUCCAAAAACCCCAGAAAAGGCCAAAGAUGAUACAGCCACCAGUCCCACCACAGAGAGGGCCAUGGUGGCCAAAAAACGCUUUUCCUUACAGGGGUUCAGCAACCUCAAGAGUCAGAAAGAGCCAGCACUUCCUGAUGUUAAAAGCCUAACAUUACCCAUGGCCCACCUCUCUCCACCAGGAUCUCCUCCGAGCCCUGACCGCAAAACCAAGCGGCAUGAGGUCAAGAGUGACCCAACUCCGUUUGGUUUUAGAGGCUGGGGCAAGGCCUCACUCUCCUUGGAUCCAUCUGAAGAGAAUGAUGGGUACUCCAGCUCUGAGGACCCCCUGAACUCUGACCCCGAAGAUGAAGCAGGGAAGAAGCUGGCUCCGGGGAAGUACACGGUGGUGGCAGACUACGAGAGAGGGGGAGGCCCACAGGAAUUGGCGGUGAAGAGCGGAGACACGGUCCAGCUGAUAAAGGAAGGAGAGGAUGGACAGUGGUUUGUCCGGAAUCUCAAGACCAGUAAGGAGGGUUGGGUCCCAGCUGCGAAUCUGCUGACUCUCAUUGGGGUGUCAAAGUCCUCCGAGUCCCUCAGCAGCUCAGAGGGCAGUGGCACAGGCAACCUGAGCAGCUCGUCCAGCUGCAGCGAGACCUACGCCAGCUUCUCUGACAUCAAGGCCUGAGAGGGGGGGCCCCCGUCCGGCUGUGUGGCCCUUCGGCGACGUCUGCUCGUCUGCUCGUCUGCUGGUUCUUCCUGUUGGAUGCCGCCUCUUCUUCUUCUCCAUCCCUCUCCGCCCCAUCUGAUUUCAGACCCCGUGGAAGGAACUGUCUUCUCCCCUUCCUAGGAACAUUAACAUGUUUUAGUGUUUGGGGAGGGUGUG